GAGGGGGCGGUGCGGGGAAAGAGCGAGGAAAGUAGAUUUGUAGGACGUGAGUGAGGAAAGUUUGCAAGUCCCAACAGAAGGCAAAGUGCUCCCGAGAGACCUGCUUUGGGGAGGGGAGGGGGGAAGGAAGAACAGCUUCUUUUCUUUUCUUGUUCUUGCUCUCCCACUCUCUCUCUCUGUCUCUCUCUCUUUCUUAUUUUAAUCGCUGCCCUCUUAUAAAUCUCUCCCCAACCCCCCAAGUGCACCGGCAUAAUCGGGACACCCACUGUCCCCUUUCUAGCUCUCUUCCCAAUAACCCCUCAAGAUUAUGUCAAUCGAUCUGAAGGGACCUGGGAUUCCCUGCGGGUGCUGACGGAGCUGCGGGAGCCAGAGAAGAAUGCAAGUGCUUGGAGUGUGCCUGGCCGCCGGCUGGUUCUUACUGGCCCUGUGUCUGUGGGGGCAGCCCGCAGAGGCUGCGGCCUGCCAUGGGUGUUCUCCUGGAUCAAAAUGUGACUGCAGUGGUAUAAGAGGAGAAAAGGGAGAACGGGGAUUUCCAGGUUUAGAAGGCCAUCCAGGUUUACCAGGAUUUCCAGGUCCAGAAGGCCCUCCAGGACCUCGGGGACAAAAGGGUGAUGAUGGAAUUCCAGGGCCACCAGGACCAAAAGGAAUCAGAGGUCCUCCUGGACUUCCUGGAUUUCCAGGGACACCAGGUCUUCCUGGUAUGCCAGGCCAUGAUGGGGCUCCAGGACCUCAAGGUAUCCCUGGGUGCAAUGGAACCAAGGGAGAACGUGGAUUUCCAGGCAGUCCAGGCUUUCCUGGUUUACAAGGUCCUCCAGGACCUCCUGGGAUCCCAGGUAUGAAGGGGGAACCAGGCAGUAUAAUCAUGUCAUCACUGCCAGGACCAAAGGGUAAUCAAGGAUACCCAGGUCCUCCUGGAAUACAAGGUCCACCUGGUCCCAAGGGUAUGUCAGGGCCAAGUGGCCCUCCAGGGCCACCAGGUUUAACGGGCCCCCCUGGCCCACCAGGCCCACCAGGACCAAAGGGAAAUAUGGGCUUAAAUUUCCAGGGACCCAAAGGUGAAAAAGGCGAACAAGGUCUUCAGGGCCCACCUGGUCCACCUGGGCAGAUCAGUGAACAGAAAAGACCAAUUGACAUAGAAUUUCAGAAAGGAGAUCAGGGAUUUCCCGGUGAUAGAGGGCCCCCUGGACCUCCAGGAAUACCUGGUCCUCCUGGUCCUCCUGGUGGUAUGAAAGGUGAAAAGGGUGAGCCAGGAGAGCCAGGCAAAAGAGGUAAACCAGGCAAAGAUGGAGAGACUGGCCAACCAGGAAUCCCAGGUUUGCCUGGUGAUCCUGGUUACCCUGGUGAACCAGGAAGAGAUGGUGAAAAGGGCCAAAAGGGUGAUAUUGGCCCACCUGGGCCUCCCGGACUUGUAAUUCCUGCACCUGGAACCGGUGUGACUAUGGGAGAAAAAGGAAAUAUCGGGCUACCUGGUUUGCCUGGAGAAAAGGGAGAGCGAGGACUUCCUGGAAUGCAAGGGCCACCUGGCUUUCCUGGACCUCCAGGGACAGCAGUCAUAGGCCCCCCUGGUCCUCCUGGAUAUCCUGGUGAAAGGGGCCAGAAAGGUGAUGAAGGUCCCCCUGGAAUUUGUAUUCCUGGAUCUCCUGGACUUGAUGGACAGCCUGGGGCUCCUGGCCUUCCAGGACCUCCUGGUCCUCCUGGCCCCCAGUUAUCACCCAGUGAUGAAAUCUGUAAAGCAGGCCCUCCAGGGCCCCCAGGAUCUCCAGGUGAUAAAGGACUCCAAGGAGAGCAAGGAGUAAAAGGUGACAAAGGUGAUACUUGCUUCAACUGUAUUGGAACUGGCAUUUCAGGGCCUCCAGGCCAACCUGGUUUACCAGGUCUCCCAGGUCCUCCAGGAUCUCUUGGAAUCCCUGGAGAGAAGGGUGACAAAGGACAAGCUGGGACAACUGGUCCAAAAGGAUUGCCAGGCAUACCUGGACCUCCAGGUGCUCCAGGCUUUCCAGGGUCUAAGGGUGACCCUGGGGAUGUCCUCACUCUUCCAGGAAUGAAAGGUGACAAAGGAGAGUUGGGUUCCCCUGGAGCUCCAGGGCUUCCUGGUCUACCUGGUAGUCCUGGAAAGGAUGGUUUGCCAGGACUCCCUGGCCCCAAAGGAGAGCCUGGUGGAAUUACUUUAAAGGGUGAAAGAGGUCCUCCUGGGAACCCAGGUUUACCAGGUCUCCCAGGAAAUAUGGGACCUACAGGCCCUGUUGGUUUUGGGCCUCCAGGCCCCAUAGGUGAAAAGGGCAUACAAGGUGUGGCUGGAAAUCCAGGCCAGCCAGGAUUACCAGGUCCUAAAGGUGAUCCAGGCCAGACCAUAACCCAGCCAGGAAAACCUGGCUUGCCAGGUAAUCCAGGCAGAGAUGGUGAAGUGGGUCUUCCAGGUGAUCCUGGACCUCCAGGCCAACCAGGCCUGCCAGGAAUACCUGGUAGCAAGGGAGAACCAGGUAUCCCUGGGAUUGGGCUUCCUGGACCACCCGGUCCUAAAGGUUUUCCAGGAAUUCCAGGACCUCCAGGAGCUCCUGGGGCCCCUGGAAGAAUGGGUCCAGAAGGGCCUCCUGGGUCACCAGGCUUUCCAGGACCAAAGGGAGAGCCAGGAUUUGGGUUACCUGGGCCACCUGGGCCACCAGGAUUCCCAGGUUUCAAAGGAACACCUGGUCCAAAAGGUGAUCGUGGUUUCCCAGGACCUCCAGGUCCUCCAGGACGCACUGGCUUGGAUGGGCUACCUGGACCAAAAGGUGAUGUUGGGCCAAAUGGACAACCUGGACCAAUAGGGCCUCCAGGGCUACCAGGAAUUGGUCUUCAGGGACCACCAGGACCACCAGGGACUCCAGGGCCAAUAGGCCAACCAGGCUUACAUGGGAUUCCAGGAGAGAAGGGAGACCCAGGACCUCCUGGGUUUGAUGUUCCAGGACUCCCUGGAGAAAGAGGUAGUCCAGGGCUCCCUGGAGCCCCUGGUCUUGUAGGGCCUCCAGGAUCACCUGGUCUCCCUGGAAAAGCAGGUGUCCCUGGAUUUCAAGUUAUGAGACAUGUGAUCAUUUUACAUGCAUUGAUUAUGGAUGAAGAAAUUUGGUGUGCUUUGUUGAUUUUAGGUGAUGAUGGCAUGCAAGGUCAGCCAGGUCUCCCUGGCCCUGCAGGAGAAAAGGGUGGUAAGGGAGAGCCUGGCCUUCCAGGUCCUCCUGGCCCAAUGCAUCCAGAUUUCCUGGGAUCGAAAGGAGAAAAGGGUGAGCCUGGCUUACCAGGUAUUCCUGGACUUUCAGGACCCAAAGGCUACCAGGGUUUACCUGGAGACCCAGGGCAACCUGGACUGAGUGGACAACCAGGAUCACCAGGACUCCCAGGUCCCAAGGGUAACCCUGGUCUCCCUGGUCCACCAGGACUUACAGGACCUCCUGGCCCAAAAGGAAACAUUGGUGACAUGGGCUUUCCUGGCCCUCAAGGUGUAGAUGGGUCCCCUGGACCUCCUGGAGUUCCUGGACAACCUGGCUCUCCGGGGUUACCUGGUCAGAAAGGAAGUAAAGGAGAGCCUGGGGUUUCAGGCAUUGGUCUUCCAGGUCUGCCUGGCCCAAAGGGUGAACCUGGUCUGCCUGGAUAUCCAGGAAACCCAGGUAUCAAAGGUUCUGUGGGAGAGACUGGUCUUCCUGGAUUACCAGGAAACCCUGGAGCAAAAGGUCAACCUGGCCUGCCUGGAUUCCCAGGAACACCAGGGCUUCCUGGAACAAAAGGUAUGAAUGGUCGUCCUGGUAACCCCGGCCUUCCAGGAGAACCUGGUCCCAUAGGUGCUGGAGGGCGGCCUGGACCACCAGGACCUCCUGGUGAAAAAGGCAAGCCAGGUCAAGAUGGCAUUCCUGGACCAGCAGGACAAAAGGGAGAACCAGGUCAACCAGGCUUUGGAAUCCCGGGACCUCCUGGACUCCCAGGACUUUCUGGUCAAAAGGGUGAUGGAGGAUCACCUGGACUUCCAGGAAAUCCUGGCCUUCCAGGUUCAAAGGGUGAACCAGGCUUUCAGGGAUUCCCUGGUAUGCCAGGUCCCCCAGGUCUUCCUGGUUCUCCUGGUCCAGCUUUGGAAGGUCCCAAAGGAGACCCAGGGCCUCAAGGCCCUCCAGGGAGACCAGGUCCUCCAGGUUUUCAAGGUCCACCAGGUACAGAAGGUCCUCGUGGUCCCCCGGGAAAUGGAGGUAUUAAAGGAGAGAGAGGAAAUCCAGGCCCACCUGGGCAACCAGGCUUACCUGGUUUGAAAGGAGAUCAAGGACCACCAGGACUCCCGGGCAACCCUGGCCGGCCAGGUCUUAAUGGAAUGAAAGGAGAUCCUGGUCUCCCUGGUGUUCCAGGAUUCCCAGGAAUGAAAGGACCCAUUGGAGUACCAGGCUCAACUGGCCCUGAUGGGGAACCAGGUCUUAUUGGGCCCCCAGGUCCUCCUGGGUUGCCUGGUCCUUCAGGACAAAGUAUUGUAAUCAAAGGAGAUCCUGGGCCUCCAGGGAUUCCUGGACAACCUGGAUUAAAAGGUCUACCAGGACUUCCAGGCCCUCAAGGCCUACCAGGUCCAAUUGGCCCUCCAGGAGAUCCAGGACGCAAUGGACUCCCAGGCUUUGAUGGUGCAGGGGGGCGCAAAGGAGACCCAGGUCUGCCAGGACAGCCAGGUGCCCGUGGAAUGGAUGGUCCCCCAGGACCAGAUGGAUUGCAAGGACCUCCAGGCCCCCCUGGAACCACCUCUGUUGCCCAUGGAUUCCUCAUCACACGUCACAGUCAGACAACAGAUGCACCACAAUGCCCACAGGGAACAGUCCAUAUCUAUGAAGGCUUUUCUCUCCUGUAUGUACAAGGAAAUAAAAGAGCCCAUGGUCAAGACUUGGGGACGGCUGGUAGCUGCCUUCGUCGCUUCAGUACCAUGCCUUUCAUGUUCUGCAACAUUAACAACGUUUGUAACUUUGCUUCAAGAAAUGACUAUUCUUACUGGCUUUCCACACCAGAGCCCAUGCCAAUGAACAUGGAACCCCUGAAGGGCCAGAGCAUCCAGCCAUUCAUUAGUCGAUGUGCAGUGUGUGAGGCGCCAGCUGUGGUGAUCGCUGUUCAUAGCCAGACUAUUCAGAUUCCACACUGUCCUCAGGGGUGGGACUCUCUGUGGAUUGGCUAUUCCUUCAUGAUGCAUACAAGUGCAGGAGCAGAAGGCUCUGGCCAAGCCCUUGCCUCUCCUGGCUCCUGUUUGGAAGAAUUUCGUUCAGCUCCCUUCAUCGAAUGUCAUGGGCGAGGGACAUGCAAUUACUAUGCCAAUUCAUACAGCUUCUGGCUGGCCACUGUUGAUAUGUCAGACAUGUUCAGUAAACCUCAGUCAGAGACACUGAAAGCAGGAGACUUGAGGACACGUAUUAGCCGAUGUCAAGUAUGCAUGAAGAGGACAUAACAUGUUGAAGAAUUCCUUGUGUUUUUAAUGUGAUUAUAUAUAUAUAUAUAACUAUUAUAUGUGAUUCCCAGGAUGCACUGUCUCACUCACUCUCCCCAACUUUACCACUGCUACCACCAAUGGUGCUAAUAUCCUCUAUGACGAAGAGAACAUGCUGACUAGGAACCAUGAAGAUUCAGAUGUACCUCAGCAAUGUGCCAAAGCAAGGCUCCCAUUCUUCCUUAUGAAAGAAGUAGGGAAGUGAUUAUACUUCUUGGGGUCCAGAAUAAAUUCCUUCAAGGAUUAUAAGACGAAGUUCAUAUAUUUUUGCCUAGUUACUAAAAUGGCACAUUAAAAAUUCAAUGAAGAGAAGAAUCAUACUGAGUAAAAUUACUGCCUGUGGUUUGAGGAAGUAUUCUUUUUCAUGGUGCUACUAAUCCUAAUGUACCCCAGAAUUUUAAUAAAAGAGUGUUUAUCUUAUUUUUCUCUGUAAGUAAAAGAAAUGUGUAUAUUCUGUAAACAACCUUUUAGGUCAAAAUGUUGAGUCAUUUAGACGUGAUCUGGCAUAAACCCUCCUUUACUGAAAAUCUAUGAUAUCUUACUCUCUAGAAAGCAAGAAAUACAUAUGAGAGAAUUUAUCCUUUCAUCGAGUUUUUACUGAAAGCAAAUUAAUUGGGAAUUUUAUCCCCUAAAUUCUUAUCUGACUUUUAAAAAAGAAACAGAUCAUUUAAAAAAUUUUGAUUUGAAUUUUAGUGGUUCAUGUAAAACUUAUCAACUAAUCAAUCCAGUGGAGCAAUUUCUUGUUUUAUAUCUUGAUUUGCUUAGUCAUGACAGUUUUGAGAAAAAUUAACAAUUCUUAUUAUCCUGGUGCUUCUCAUACAAGAAUUAUUCUCCUGUGGGCUCAUUUGUGUAAGAAGACAGUAUUUGCUUAGUCUUCUCCCUUCAAUUAGAAAAAGCCAAUGGACUUUUAAAACCUUUAUAUUUUAAACAUUUUAUUAAAAAUAGUCAUAGGAUACCUUAUUUCCUUAACUGUCAUGUUCUCACUGAAUGUUUUUUUUUUAAUUUACCAGUAUCAACUUAAUUAAACAUAUAUGUUAUAA